AUGUCGUCGCGCGGUGGCCGCGCACCUUCGGGACCAUGGAGUCGAUUAAAACCUAUGAAUCUCGAUCCUCUCGAGGUCAUUGGCCUCCCUUCGAAGGGCGAUCACAGACUCCUCGACCACAAAGCACAAGAACGAUAUUACACGAAGAUUGUCGAGAGAUAUAUGGCAUUUUGUUCCGAAGCAGGUCGAGGCGAUGAACUUAUACGACGAAUGGCGCGCAUGGACAUCUCGAACCAGAGCAUCCCCGAGAACAACCGACCGAAGACAGCACCUGCUACCCCGAAUAUAUCUAUGAAUGCUAUGGCUGCCAACGCCGAUGUGUCAGGGCAGAAAGAUCUCUCGGUGCUCAUAAUGGCUAUGCGGAAACUGCGAGAAGGAAUUGUUGCUACGAAGAGGGUGGACGACUUCUCGAUCCAGGCGUACAUUUUUUGCAUUCGGCUCUCGAUCCUGGUGAAGCAUAUGGAAUCGUACCACCCAGCCAUACACCAUCUUCUGAAGAAGAUGCAUACGGUCCAACCUCUUACGAAUACGGAACUACAAGAGUUCGUGGGAUAUUUGGUACUGGACCUUGCAUGCAGGCAGAAUGAUCUGUCUCAAGCCUACCUUGUGAGGAACGAGUACCGGCUUCACGACAACAAAGUGGAUGCCAUUCUCCGCGCUCUUACCCACGAUAAUUAUUUCCUAUUUUGGAGAGUGAAACGAAGCGUGGAUGGCCAUAAAGCAAAGUUGAUGGAGUUUGCGGAAGAUGGAAUGAAGAAGCAAGCAUUGAAAUGCCUCGGAAGGAGUUACCUGAGCAUUGAUCUCCCCGCCGUGGAGCAGUCAACGAACACACCUUGGCCAUUACUAACCAAAGAAUUCGGCGUUGGGUGGCAACUGGAGGGUACGAAGGUCAUCAUUCGAAAGCCCAAGACGAAAUGA